CAGCUGGGAGCUCCAUAUCUCUCAGUUCUCUCUCUCUCUCCCCUCUCUUUCUCUCUCUCUCUAAACUCCGCCGCGAUGGCCGUGGUGAUCGGAAACACAGCUCUGUUAGUCGAUGUGAUAGCGCCUCGGAUCGUAUUACCGGACCGCAAGCUCCGCCCGGUGCCCGCCGAUGUCCUCUUGAACCUGUUCCACAUCGCGAACACGAACGCGUCGCACGCUUCUAUGGCGACGAAAAGCUUCGAAUCGGAUAAGGAGACUCGGAAUCAGAGAGUUGGCGUUCGAGGGAAGGUGAAUUCGAAGGUUAACGCGGUGGAUUCCGAAGGUUCGAGCGACGACGACGGGAAUGGAUACGAGGAGGAGGAAGAGGAGGGGUUUGAUUGGGAGAAGGAAAUGAGGAAGAGAGUGAAGGAGAUUGAAGAGAGGAAAGAGUUGGAGAGGAAGGCCGAGGAGUUGCAGAGUCGAAUGGAGGAUGGUGAAGGGGAGUUCAAAGAAGAGACAGAGGAGGAGAAGAGGAUGAGAGUGAGAAAAGAGCUCGAAAAGGUGGCUAAGGAGCAAGUGGAGCGGAGAAAGACAGCUCAGUUGAUGUUCGAUUUGGGUCAGAGGGCUUAUGGGAAGGGUAUGUAUGGACGUGCCAUUGAGUUCCUGGAAGGUGCCCUCACAAUCAUUCCCAGGCCGACUUUGUUUGGUGGUGAGAUACAGAUAUGGCUUGCUAUGGCGUAUGAAGCCAAUAACCGCCAUGCAGAUUGCAUUGCUUUAUACAAGCAAUUAGAACAGAAGCAUCCCAGUGUCAGCAUCCGACGCCAAGCUUCAGAGCUUCGCUACAUCUUGCAAGCACCUAAGCUCAAGAUAUCCCAGGAGGAGAUGGUAACCAUACCACUGAUAGGUUCUAGCUAUGAUAGCUAUGCAGCAACAUGGACUGAUAAAUACAAGGACAAAGACGAAAGGCGAAGUGGGUCGACGACGAAUCAGCUCCCGUCAAGCCGAGACUAUCUAGGGGACUUUUUGGUGUGGCGACCACCUACUGAUUUGGAGAAGAACCAAGCAUUCUGGGUAGCUUUAACAUUAUGGUUGGGUUUGGUUGGAGCUGGGCUCUUUCUUACAAGAUGAAUCAUAUAUAUACAAUCAUGAACUGUAAGUCUGCCGCUGAUUGUGAUUUGUAAAAUGUAUUCAUUCUUGAAAAUAGGUUGUGGUUAAUGUUGUAUAUGUAAUUUUAUGCGAAUGCCCUUUGUGAAAUAUAGCGUAUUUUGUGAUUGUUUCCUGGUCUGACUA